AGGGGCAUAUGGCUUCUGGAGGAUCCAAAUCAGUGGCCUUCAUCCUAUUGACACUGAAUCUAGUGUUAUACUUCAUUGUGCUUGUAAUUGCUUCUUGGGCAGUGAAUCAUGGGAUUCAAAGAUCUGGUGAAACAGCAUCUGUUUUGUCCCUUCCUGUUCACAUAUUUCCAAUAUACUUCCCAAUGGGAAACAUGACAACUGGUUUCUUCAUAAUAUUCUCUCUCAUUGUGGGUGUUGUGGGGUGCACCACCUCACUCACUGGAUUGCAUAACAUUUUCCAAUGGAAUGCUCCCAACAUACAUGCAGCAGCCAUGUCUUCAUUGACUACAUGGGCACUCACUCUACUAGCCAUGGGAUUUGCAUGCAAAGAGAUUGAACUUGGCUGGACGGAUUCAAACCUGCGCACCUUAGAAACGAUCACUAUAAUAGUAAGCGCAACACAGCUGUUAUGCACAGGAGUUAUCCAUGUUGGGAUUUCGGAAAUUAUUCCGCCAAGAAUUGGAAGAGUAUGA